CAGCUCGGUCGUGCCCGUCGCCGUCGCGCUCCCUCUCAACCCUCUCACGUCCUCGAUCGCGAUCGUCUACACAACAUUCUCUCGCUAUCGCGUUUUCGUCUCUCGAUCACCCGCGCCGAAUCGCUCUGCUUCCGCGUCCUCGGUCGGGAUCAUCACUCACAUCCGGGGAGGGGCCGUCGCCCUUGAUCGUCGUCCGGCGGCGUCGACUCAGGUGGUUCCUCUUCUCCGACAAGUGGACAUCACCGGAAAUACGCCCGUGAGGUCCCCAUGUGACGUACGAAAAAUAAAUACCACUGGUCCGCGUUGAAAUCUCCACAUCGAGCCUAACCGCGAUUUCAGUCCACUCGUCGCGACGAGACAUAAUAUUAUAAAACACCAUCGCAUAUUCAUCCGGUCGUCUUCGCGCCUACCGCACUACUAAUCGCACUCACAAACCGCACUCCACUUCUGCCGCCGCCGAUCCAUGUAGUGUUGACGAGUGUGUUCGCAGUGUUCCGCGGCGCGAUCUAAUUAUCCGUACCAAUCAGUCAAUGAAAAUUUGGAUUCUACACUAAAAUAAUGAUUGAUUGAGCAAUAACGCAGUAAAAAAUCUCUAAACGACAGAAAAAAAAAAGGCAAGACAUUUUAAAAUAUUCAUCAAAAGAAAAUACCAAAUAGGACAAUGACGGGGCCAAAACAAAACUGAAAUUGAGGGAUGGAAAAAGAGCACUGCAUGGUGCACCGUCAGGCGCUAUGGAUCUUGUGUUUCCACGUCGUUUGCAGUUUGUCGUUAGUUGCAGCAGAAAACAUUUCGACGACAGAAACUACGAUGGACGUAAAUUUGAUCGAUGAAAAUCAUCAUCAACACGAAGCUGGAUCGAAAUGGUCGCCGUUGUUUGAGGAUGGUCCCGGACCCGUCAACGUCACCGCCCGCAUUGGGUCUACAGUGCAAUUGAACUGUAAAAUCCAACUACUUUACGAUAAAACGGUUACAUGGGUUCAUCGAAAAUCAGACGAUAUACAGCUGCUCACAGUGGGUCGUCAGGUGCAUAGCUCAGACCAGAGGAUAUCGUUGAGCUUCAGAUAUCCUAAUAACUGGAGACUCCAAAUCGUCUACAUAACUGACAGGGACGAUGGGGUGUAUGAGUGUCAAGUAGCAACACACCCGCCGACCACCAAGAAAACGUAUCUUAGAGUCGAUGUGCCCACGGUACGUAUGUCAGUGACCGGUACCGGUGAUGUGACAAGAGGCGGUAGUGACGUUUUCUUCAAGACCGGCAGCACUCUAGAGAUCGUGUGCAAAGUCGUUCACGCUGGUAGCAACAACGGGUCCAAAGUGUCGUGGUACAAGGGACCGCAAACGAUUUCAACCGGGAUCACCGAGAGAACCAGCAAUGAUUCUAGUUAUACGACAAUCGUGUCCGUUCUGAAAAUCAAACAUGUACAGAAAACACAUUCGGGCAACUACACGUGCUUGGUUGGGUCGCCGUCAGCAUCGGCCGCCGUGACUAUUCAUAUACUUAACGGAGAGCAACCGGCAGCGGUGCACGACGGCAACUCGGGCCCUUUGGUGUGCUGCGUGGCCGGCUGGUGGCUGCUGACCCUGUGCUGCCUGGUGCUGUCCAGUUGAUUCUCCGGGCCCGCGCAGUAGACAGUGAUGACGGGUCGUCGUCGUCCAAAACACCUGCACAGCGAUCACUACGCCGCCUCAUUAUACAUAUAUAUAUACAUUAUAUAGAUGGCUUUGUGCCGAAUCCUUCGGGAUGCUGAUCCUGUACGGCCGACAACUUGCACCACCACCUGUUUCUCCAACGCGCCGAAAGUCGAAAUUCCGAAACACUUUAAUAUUGUCGUGUAUGUGUAUGUGUGUGUGUGUGUGUGUGUGUGUGUGUGUGUGUGUGUGUGCGAACAUAGGUAUAUGUUAAGAGUUUCCCAAUAUGUAUAUUGUAAGUACUACAUGUACCUAUAUAUUAUUCGUGUCUGUGCAUAAUGAUAUAGCGAUAAGACAGCUAUAUCAUAUACUUAGAGACGGAGGAUUGGGGUAAAUUUAUUUUGUUUUACGCCGUUACACACGUCGGUGACUAUUAAAGUUAUUUUUACUUGUUUGUAUAUGAUAUAAUAUAAUAUAUUGUAUAAUAUCAACCCCGCGCAGUCAUUCUAUACAGUCUAUGAUAUUAUAUUAUUAUAGCAAUUUAAUGGCACCCCUAAACGCCGUCUUAGAGUGUUCGCAGGCCGCGAGUUGUAACCCAUACCUACGUCGGAAAAAUAAAGAAAUUAAAAUGCGUGUUACCUUCGUACAAUAUUAUAUUCAAUGGCCGAAUAAAACUAUCGAACAAUGUACGUUUCGACACCUACAAAUGUGAACUGAAGGAUAUUCGCCGUAGUAUCGUAUGUUAUCGAAACAUUAAUCGUUUUCGUUAACGAAAAUAUUUCACGCGUGAAAUUUCCGACGACAUUAUAAUUAAACUUUGAUGUAUCUAUCUAUAUAGGUAGUCUACGUUAAAACUUAAAACGCAACGAUGACGAUAUAUUUUAUCGCGAUCCGCGAUAUUAAUUGACGAUUUGUCUAGACCUUACAACUUGCAACUAUACUCAUGCGCAAUUUAUGUCAAAGGCUCUGUUUCGCGUACCUAAAUAGUAUAUACACGCGAUAUUAUAUGUGCCUAACUGAUAAUACAAAAUAUAGGUAGAGUAUCCAGACGUCCCGGUUUUUAAAAGUUUCUUCUGUCGUCCCGAAAAUCUUUAUCGGGAUUUCAAUAUGUCUCGGAUUAAUGCGUCGAUAUUCUGAAUUCGUAUUACAUUAUGUUAAAAUUUAUAUAAUUUUUAUGAUAUCUAACUUGUCAAAUCAAAUUCCAAAUACGAUUAACAAUAAAUUUAAAAAUAUUAUAAUUAUAUAUCCUAAAAUUACAUAAUUUAUAUUGUUAAUUAAAAUACCUAUCUAAAUUAUACAUUUAUUUUAUCCAAAAUAUUUUUUUCUUUAUGAAAUAUAUUUUGUUUGUCCCGGUUUUUAUUUUCAAUAAUCUGGUCAUCCCAAUAAUAGGUAGUCCUCCCAGAAAAAUCCCGAACACAUAAUAGUCAUAAUAUUCAAGUCUGUUUCGCAUCUGAUGAUUAUCAUCACAUUAUAUUCAUGUAAGAAAUAACAUUCUUGCCAGUUGCGAGUCUUGACUAUAGAGAUAUAGGAUGUUUCUACCGUGAACUUUAUCAUCAGUUCUUCGUAAGGAUAAGUUAUACUCAGUUGUAUGAGCCAAAAACAAAAUGUUAAAAAAUUUUUUCUAUCUCAAAAAAGAAAGGCAUAACAUUUUUAUUCCAAUAACAACUAAAAUUUAAGAUUAAAUAGUACUCAACGAUAUUUUCUACAUAGACAUCGUGUGAACUAAUAUUUAUCUCAACAGUUUUGUACCAUUUGGUUCCAAAAUCGAAAUACCAUCAUGACACCCCCUCCCCCAAUCUUUUUAUUGUUAAGUGUCUACAUUAUAAACACCGACAUAAUAUGCAGCUAAUAAUUAGAACAACAGAUAGAAUGUACGGAAAUGAUUUUGACGUGUUCGUUAUUGGUCUACUCCAUCGUUUUAUAUUAUCCUAAUGGUGAAGUACUAAAGUUCGUUGUAGAAAUACUCGGUAUUCACUAUAUUAAUAAUAUCAGCUUAAAUACCUACUACAGAUAUGUUGCAAGGUUUUAAAGUAUCCUCUAUAAAAUGUAUCAAUUUCUAACAAUUAUAGAUGUCUUCCCCAAAGAGUACCUAUUCUUGUAUUUUUACAAUAAUUGUAAUACAUUUCUUAAUAAUAACCGUAAAUUAUAAUAUUCAACUAUAAGUAUAAUAAUACAUAUAUUGUACGCUAAGAAAAAUAAAAUAUUAUAAGCUAAAUGAUUAUGACACAAACCGUAUUAACGAUUCGUCAUAAUUAUUAUGUAUUAUGUACCUACUUAACAAUAAUCGUGUUGCAGAUUUUCAUAAGGACUUCUUUAAUUCUAUUAAUAUAUUGAAUAUUUUGAAGACAAUUGGUGUA